UAGUUCCAUUUAUAUUUUACCAGCUCACGAACGAAUGCGAAUAUGCGCAUAAAAUAAUAGUGCAAAAAAUAGAAACAAAACCAUAAAAGAACAUUUGCAAAAUGUCUGUGCUGCGUUUUCUAGUAACACGACAGGCGCUGGCAACGCUAACAAAGCGUUCAAUAGUGCCGGCGCUACAAAGCUGUCGCCCAAUAACAUCCUUGGUCAACAACUACAACAGCUACACACCGAUUUUCGCAGCAAAAGCAAAUGGAAUUGCGACACAAACGCAAUGGCAACAACAACAACAAACGCGCGGUCACAAGCGUUUUGGCCAUGGCAAGGAGCACACACCUCGGAUAACCAAAUAUUUUCAUUUUAUGGUGCUCAGCUUAUUUGUCAUCUCUGUGCUGGACUGGGGCAAAGUAAAACGCUUGCUCGUGCCGAAAGUGGACGCCGAUGCGGGUCAGCGUCCAUCUGAUGCUGCCGGCGUGAAUGGCGAAAGCCGCUCUGACAGCGACAGUGAUGAGUCGGACGACGAUGACGCCCGCCUGAAUCCGCACGAUGGCAAAAAAAUUAAGGAAAAAGUUGGUUUUCGCGAGCGCAAGAUCAUUGAGUAUGAGAAUCGCAUCAGGCAAUUCUCGACGCCAGACAAAGUAUUUCGUUACUUUGCUACCAUCCAAGUGCCGGUCGCCGAUGAUCGCCAUGAGGUCUACAUGACACCAACCGAUUUUUUGACUAGCAUGACGCCAGGCAUGAAACAACCAGAUGGCUUGGGUCUAGAUCAGUAUCGACGCUAUGAUCCCAAGUCCGUGGGAGAGCAGUUGAAUUUGCAACUGGAAAAGAACAGCAUAUUCUAUAAGCUGGGUUCCUAUGGCCUCAUCACCUUCUCCGAUUAUAUCUUUCUGCUCACCGUACUCUCCAUUUCGCGUCGUCACUUUGAGAUUGCUUUUCGGAUGUUCGAUUUAAAUGGCGAUGGUGACGUGGAUUGCGAGGAGUUCGAGAUGGUUGCCACUCUGGUACGUCAGCAGACGAGCAUGGGCACUCGGCAUCGGGAUCAUGCGAAUACCGGAAAUACUUUCAAGUCCUUGAAGGGUGUUAACUCAGCCUUGAUAACGUAUUUCUUUGGUCCAAACAUGGACGAGAAGCUGACGAUUGAAAAGUUCUUGGACUUUCAAGAGCAGCUGCAACGCGAAAUACUUUCGCUCGAAUUUGAACGCAAGGAGCCCAACAUGGACGGCAAUAUAACUGAGGCAGACUUUGCCGAGCUGCUGCUCGCCUAUGCGGGUUAUCCGCCCAAAAAGAAGCAGAAGAAGCUGAAGCGUGUCAAACGACGCUUUCGCGAUCAUGGCACGGGCAUAUCCAAGCAGGAUUAUCUCGACUUUUUCCACUUCCUUAACAAUAUCAACGAUGUGGAUACGGCGCUGACUUUCUACCACAUUGCGGGCGCCUCAAUUGAUCAGCAAACGCUGCAGCAUGUGGCCAAGACGGUGGCCCUGGUCAACCUGACCGAUCACGUAGUGGAUGUGGUCUUCACUAUAUUCGAUGAAAACAACGAUAACCAGCUGAGCAACAAAGAAUUUAUUUCGGUCAUGAAGAAUCGCGUGCAACGCGGCCUGGAAAAGCCCAAGGACACGGGUUUCCUGAAAAUGAUGCGUUCGGUGUUCAAAUGUGCCAAGGAAACCAAGCCCGUACUUUUGGAUAUUUAAUUAUCUGUCAGUUACUUGCUUAACGUGGAUUCUCGUUUGUUCAGUGUUCAAAACGCACUUCUUAGUCAUUUUACCUGCGCUUGCUUCAAUUUAUUUUUAAGUAAACUUUACUUUAAACGCUUUAGCGCAGUUCUUAACUAACUUUUG